CGCCGCAGAAAAAGCGAAACGAGCGUCGAUUAAACGCCAGCGCGGUAACGAUGCAGGCAGGCGCGUAUAGGCGUCCGUCGACUUCGCCUGUUUGAAUCUCUCCCGGCGGCCGCUGACAGCUCGAGCGCUCGCCGUCACUCAUUCAUUCCGUCUUUCGUCGGUUUCUCUGCGUCGGGGUUUACCGAAGAGGCUCCAGCAUGUUCGAGGAGGCCGGCGAGGUGUUGGAGAACAUGCUGAAGUGGUCGUUCCCGCUGAGUCUGGUGCUGUUUCUCGUGCUCGUGUGUCCGCUGCGCGCGGAAGCGGCGCACGAGUUCAGCGUCUACCGCAUGCAGCAGUACGACCUGCAGGGACAAACCUACGGUUCCCGUAAUGCCAUACUGAACACGGAGGCUCGCACGGUGGAGGCCGAGGUGCUCAGCCGCCGGUGCGUGAUGAUGCGGCUCGCCGAUUUCUCCUACGAGAAGUAUCAGAAAGCCCUGCGGCAGUCGGCGGGGGCCGUGGUCAUCAUACUGCCCCAGAACAUGUCCACUGUGCCUCAGGACAUAGUGCAGUUCAUGGAGCUGGAGCCGGAGCUUCUGGCCACCGAGACCAUCGUCCCCGUCUACUUCGCUCUGGAGGACGAGGAGCUGAUGUCCAUCUACACGCAGACGCAGAUCUCCUCUUCCUCGCAGGGCUCUUCGUCCGCUGCCGAAGUGCUGCUGCACACGGCGACAGCCAACGGUUUUCAGAUGGUGACCAGCGGAGCUCAGAGUAAAGCCGUCAGCGACUGGGCCAUAACUAGUCUAGAGGGUCGCCUCACGGGUUCGGGAGGAGAAGAUCUGCCCACUAUCGUCCUGGUGGCUCACUACGACUCCUUCGGGGUCGCUCCGUGGCUGUCGUACGGCGCAGACUCGAACGGCAGCGGUGUCGCCGUUCUCCUGGAGCUCGCCCGGCUCUUUUCCAGACUCUACUCCUACAAACGCACUCAUGCAGGAUACAACCUGCUGUUUUUCUUGUCGGGAGGCGGGAAAUUUAACUACCAAGGAACGAAACGCUGGUUGGAGGACAACCUGGACCACACUGAUUCCAGUCUCCUCCAAGACAACGUGGCGUUUGUUUUGUGUCUGGACACUCUGGGUAACAGCGACAACCUUCACCUCCACGUGUCUAAACCACCGAAAGAGGGAAGCCCUCAGCACGCCCUGCUCAAAGAGCUAGAGACCGUUGCAGCCCGUCAGCACCCGGACCUGAAGUUCUCCAUGGUCCACAAGAAGAUCAAUCUUGCCGACGACACCCUGGCCUGGGAGCACGAGCGCUUCGGGAUCCGCCGCCUGCCCGCCUUCACCCUGUCCCACCUGGAGAGCCACCGCAGCCCCGCGCGCCACUCCAUCAUGGACAUGCGGUCAGUGUCGUCCUCUCUGGAGGGGGCGGGAGAGGCCACCGCUGGGCCUCACGUGGAUCUGGCGAAGCUCGGGCGCAACACUAAAGUCAUCGCCGAAGCGCUGGCCAGAGUCAUAUAUAACCUGACGGAGAAGGGCGUCAGCGGAGACCUGGAGAUCUUCACCGAGCAGAUGCAGGUUCAGGAGGAUCAGCUGGCGUCUGUGGUGGACUGGCUGACCGCCCAGCCGAGAGCCGCCCAGCUCGUGGACAAAGACAGCAGCGUCGUCAACACGCUGGAGUAUCACCUGAGCCGCUCUCUGAAGGACGUCAAGAGACACCUGGUCAGAGCCGACAAGAGGGACCCCGAAUUUGUUUUUUACGAUCAACUCAAGCAGACCAUGAAUGCCUACAGGGUAAAACCAGCGAUCUUUGACCUGCUGCUAGCCGUCUGUAUCGCUUCUUAUCUUGGAGUGCUGUAUUUGGCUGUACAGAAUUUUGGCCUUCUGUACGGUUUCCUGCGUAAAGUCACAGCUCCUCGGCUCAAACAGCACUAAACGGCCACCUGCAAUACGAAGGACCGCCGGGGUCUCAGAUCGGAGCCAAGAGUGUGUUUGCUUUCUUUAUUUCGCUAGUUUGUUUGAUUGAUUUAGCGUUUUCCGAGAAUGAACGUUGAUUUUUCAUGCCGAGAGUUUCAUCCACUACGUCUCCGCUAGCCUUUCAAGUCUUCCUCGUCUCAGCGUUGCCUCAAGUCCUGCUUUCUUAAAAACACGAUCCGUAAUCGCUCAAACCGAGUUGGUCUCAGAUGAAUGUGUGAUGUCAUGAAAUGCGUCGGUUACGGAUUGUGCUUCUAAGCGGCGUUUCCUGAAAACCUUUCCUCGUGUGGUUAUUCUUCUCUGGCAGCUACUACGAAGUGGGCCAAAAUCGUUGCUGGUUGAGUGGAAGUCCGUCAACGCUCCUCAAUCUUGCUCACGCGAGUCUCUACUCGAACUGCUGAUUCUCUUCGGAGCGAGUAUUAUACGUAAAUAUAUAGAUUAUGUGACGUUCGGAAACCUGGCAUUUCAUGUUUUGCAGAUUCUUUAACCCUAAACUUUUUCGUCAAGACUAACAUUAAUUGUUCCGUGAUUCUUCAGACGUUUUGUAACUCCCGCUUCUUUCUUCGGUCCUAAUUCCACGUGUGGUUUUCAGCCGACGUUCACUUCUGCUUUCGCUGUUUGUUGCGAAAGCAGCGUUGGUACAAAUUUGCUGUUAUUUAUGGAAGCUGAUACGCUUCGACGUGCACUGAUUCCAUUUUCUUUUCUCCUCCAAAGUCGAUUUAACUUUGCAAAUCAGAGAUACGUGAUCCUUAAGGGCGAAGAAGAAAAAUAAAGGGUUUUUUUGUUGAAUUAAAAA